GCCUCAUGAGCCGCCGCUUCCUGCUUCUGCUAUCCGGGUCACUCCUCCAAACCCGCUGCCGCAUGCUUAGCCCCGACCCCAUCCUGCCUCCUAAAAGGCCUCGCAGGGACCUCAUGGCUCGGCCUCGGAUCGGGACGCACAACGGCACCUUCCACUGCGACGAGGCGCUGGCGUGCGCACUGCUUCGCCUCCUGCCGGAGUACAAGGAUGCAGAGAUUGUGCGCACUCGGGACCCUGAAAAACUGGCUUCAUGUGAUAUCGUUGUGGAUGUGGGUGGCGAGUACGACCCUCAGAGACACCGCUAUGACCAUCACCAGAGGACUUUCACAGAGACCAUGAGCUCCCUGUGCCCUGGGAAGCCGUGGCAGACCAAGCUGAGCAGUGCGGGAUUGAUCUAUCUGCACUUCGGGCACAAGCUGCUGGCCAAGUUGCUGGGCACUAGUGAAGAGGACAGCAUUGUGGGCACCCUCUUUGACAAGAUGUAUGAGAACUUCGUGGAGGAGGUGGAUGCUGUGGACAAUGGAAUCUCCCAAUGGGAAGAGGGGGAGCCUCGAUAUACUCUGACCACUACUCUGAGUGCCCGCGUGGCUCGGCUUAACCCCACCUGGAACCAGCCCAACCAGGACACCGAGCAUUCUCAGGCAGGCUUCAAGCGCGCAAUGGACCUGGUUCAAGAGGAGUUCCUGCAGAGACUAGAUUUCUACCAGCACAGCUGGCUGCCUGCCCGGGCCUUGGUGGAAGAGGCCCUGGCCCAACGAUUCCAGGUGGACCCAAGUGGGGAGAUAGUGGAGCUGGCAAAAGGCGGAUGCCCCUGGAAAGAACAUCUAUUCCACCUGGAAUCUGGGCUAUCCCCACCAGUAGCUAUCACCUUUGUUAUCUACACUGACCAGAAUGGACAGUGGAGAGUCCAGUGUGUACCCAAGGAGGCCCACUCUUUCCAAAGCCGGCUGCCUCUGCCAGAACCAUGGCGGGGUCUUCGGGAUGAUGCUCUGGACCAGGUGAGUGGGAUCCCUGGAUGCAUCUUUGUCCAUGCCAGUGGCUUCAUUGGUGGUCACCGCACUCGAGAGGGUGCCUUGAGCAUGGCCCGUGCUACUCUGACCCAGCGCACAGCAACUAUGCCUCCUCCUGAAAAUCCUCCAAGCCAAUAAAACCUC